AUGGACUCUGCCAUCGCACCACUUCUGCUUUUUGCAGCAGUGCUUGUUCUUGGAGCCACUGCCGUAAAUCUCAUUGUGUUGAGAGCGAAUAGCAGUCCGGAGGUCUCUGGCACAAAGUACAUAGAGGAAAUCCAGUCCACAAGAGCAAAGGGACUCAUGUUCCUUCUUCUGGUUCUUGUGCUUACAAGCAUUUAUUACUUCCUUUGCACACAGAACUACCUCGAGGGAAGUCCUCCCAACUUUCUCAAGGUGAUCCGCAUGGACAGCCAUUCCUUGAAGAUGCUUGAGCUGUGUACCAGAAACAUUCAAAAAAGCUUUAUGUUUUAUGCAACUGCCCUUGUCAUUCCUCUGGUGUCAUCGAGGAGAUUCCGGGUGCUGGGUGUCGACGAAAAGGUUUCAAUUGCAUUUGUAAGGUACUAUUCACUCUUUGGAAGUUUUUUGUAUCCGUUUAUCUUCCACGUUUCCAAUGGAUAUGAUCUUGGAGGUUAUUUGGUAGAAGUUCUAAACAUAGCAGAGAAUUCCCUGCUGCUUUUACUGUACUUUGCAUUGCUUCAAAAAAUAUGGAAGAUGCAUGAUGUCCUCUCAUACACACAGAUCAUCACCAAGUUUGAGAUCGAAGAGGUUCUUGGAAGGGUCAGCCCCAAGAUUGUUGGCAUUAUGGCAUAUUUGUGUGCGGACAUGGCUUCCGGAGCAUUUAGAAUGGCAAGGAUGUUUUUUCCUGUAGAAUAUGGCUUGGGAAUUCCUACCAACUCGCUUGCAGAAACGGCCUUCUUCGUGGGGCUAUGCUACUACUCGAUUAAGUUCCUGGUUACCCCGGGGAACGGCAUCUGUGAGUCUAUCCAGAAGAUGGAAGGCAUAAAGAAGCAUGUUGCGUCGGGUUUCUUAAAUCUUGAACACAGGAGUGGGGACGAUAUGAUGGAUGUUUCCACAAUUCCAAAUAUCUAA